CUCCCGUCCGUACAGUAAUUGGAGACUCGAAAGCUUUAUUAAAGUUUAGCUUUUGCCUUUUGGCUGGUGCACCCCCACGGGACGUAGACGACGAUCUAAAAAAUCCGGGGAGCCGGCGCUAAGCAGGUAUGUCAUAAUGUCGCUAGACUCGUUUCAUGCGAUAUCGGCUGUCAUUUCCCUUGGGAAACGUUGGUGGUGUUGUUCGGUCUGUUGCCCCUGAGGAAAAGCGUCACGAUGUCACGAUGCACGUUUUCUCCAGUGGUCUGUGGCGUCUGCUUUUGGCUCCCCAUCUCUCUUGGGAAUCUGUAUCCACUCUCGUAUCCGUUGGAGGGAGGUUUGUGCUGACCCAGCACCCCAGAUGCAGAUGCGAGGCUUGUUUGUUGAUGAGGUAAUGCAUAGCCAAUGGCGCCGCGAGAUGCCGUAAUAAGAAUCCAAUUCCCUUCCUCGCGGUGGUGCUCCCAUCUCAUCUCCAUUCAUCUGGCUGUUUGUUGAUUGGAAAUUGCCAAGCGGAUUUCUGCGCCCGCCUCAUGUUGUGAUCACGAGUUUGAUCUGGCUUCUCCGUUACAACUCCGGCGCAGGUCCAGGUGGUUGGGAAAUGAAAAGAACAAGCCAUCAACUUCCUUUUCUCUUUGUCCCCGCUGGAGAUGGACCCUUUUGGAGAAUGUGAACGUGGUCAACCUGUGCCUGUGCCUCGUGCGAUGCUAUCUAUGCAAGCCGAAUCCCGGCGUCGAGAGAAAACUGUACCUGUAUUGCAGAAAAGAAAAGAGGACAAAAAAAGAAAAUUCUCCAUUCUAUUACUCAUAUUUUGGCCUCGUUGGGGCUCUUUGCCUUUCCGUUGAAAUGGACAAUUUAAACUCAAACUCACGGCAACUACCUAGUUAUUCCUUUCCCGUCGUGCCUUGUUAAAAACAUAUCACCCUCUUCUACCUUCCAUCGAAGUUUACCUAAAAAGGUAAAGUCGUCUAAUCUUACUUCGUCAUCAAAAUUUGCAUUUGUGUCUACACUUUGUGUGCAUCGAGGUUACUUCUUACCUCAUAUCCAACCGCUUGUGCACAUCUCUUCUAUCCCAUCCAACCUUGAAACCCAACCGAGCCUCUUCUCCGCAUUGCCCCAUACACCCAAGUUCUUACGACACACCAGACAACGACUUGUACCACCUGUCCAGCAAUAUCCUUGAGUGUGGCCCUACCAGCAAACUAUUAUUCAUCAAUACCCCAUAGCCAGUCUGGGGAAAUCCGUCGUUUACGAGGUCGUUGCUUCCCCGCAUAAGGGCAACAGUUUCCUUGACUAACAUCAGGGGGCUCGAGAGGAAUUCGUGACAAAGAGUUUGGUUCCCGAGUGAGCGAGUGCACCCCAGAUCUGCCCAACAAGUACGUACGGAUUGGGAACAUCUGGAUAUUGGGACUUUCGAAAUACCCCUUGCAUCUUGUCUCAUCUCCUCCUCCCUUGCAUCUGGUGGGUUGAGGUUGCACUACUAAAACUCAUUCACUCCUCUAUUUGACGCCCAGGUGGCUUGGAGAAAUAAUCAAACCCAGGUCACUUUGCUCCGCAUCUAUCAUUGAAAAAUCAAGUAUAAAGACAUUCGCUCUCGUCCUUUUCAAGCAAGAUUCUUUCGCGAAAAAAAAAGGAAAGGGAUCCCCCCCGUACAAUAAUAAAGUCCCAUUCACAUAUACGCCUUUCUAUGAUGGCGUCUCUUCCCGCCAACCAGCGUCUGGUGAAGGCCAACGCGUCUACCGCUACAACACCUCUCUCUACCAACACCCAACCUUCCCACGAUCAUAUUUACACCAAACGAAAGCCAUCAAUUGUGUCCACCUCCAACAUGGAUCGAGCCGACAGAACCAGCUUCUCUUCUAUCAAAGAAGGAGUUGGUGGAAUUGGUCAAACCUUCACCACUACCAAGACGUCCAGCUAUCUGAGCCGAGUAUACGACGCCAGUUCAGACGACGAGGAAGCCAUUCAAGACGGUUUUAUCACUCCACCAGAAGGAAUGCCAGGCCUUCAGAUGGAACGUCAACAACAUGCGCAACCUCGACUUCUUCACUCCUUUGUCUGUCCUUGCGAUGGAUUCCAAGGAUGGAAGGGUAUCAGUCUCAAAGGAAAGAGAGCAAGUAAAAGUCAUGAAGACUUGAGAGCACUAGGUCAUCGAUGGGGUUGGGAAAGCACGACAACUUCCGCUGAAAUGGCAUCAAUGACCCCCAACAUCAUUGAGGAUGUGCCAGUCAAAAUCCAUGGCCAGUACCCUUCUGGCCAAGCUCCUAUUGAGAGCUUACCUGCCGAAUUGCUCAGUGAGUACCCAUUUAGUUCCCUUUUAAAAAAGAUUUGCGACUUCUCACGUCUAGAUUUUCUCUCGGUUGAAAAUUUAAAAUCAUACUGUCCUAUUUUGCCACAACGUGUGGUCACAUGACAGUCGUGAGCUUCAAUAUCUUUUUAGAUCUAUGCUUCUCUAAACAGGUACUAACUAUUACAGGUGCUGUCAUUGACCAACUGGCCAUUGAUAUCCCUCCGAGUGGAUUUACGGCAAGAAACGUCGAUUUGAUGUCUCUCUUGCUGACAUCACGAGCCAUGCAUUCCGCAACCCUGGCCACUUUGUAUAACAACAUCACCAUUCCACACUCUCGAAUCUUUCGCAAGUUUCUUUCUCACAUCGCUGAGCAUUCGGCCUUGGGAACGAUUGUACGACGACUUGACUUCUCUCACUUCAACCCCACUGGUGCUGGCAUGACAGCAAGGGAGCGCGCUCAAACAUUGAAUCUAAUUCCAGCCACUAUGCUUCAAUGUCUAAAGCUCACCCCAAACUUGCGAGAGUUUUUAGCCCAAGAGCACAUCGAUGAUGAUCUAGAUGCUAAUGUCAUCAAAACUCUCUUAUGUGACCUUCCAAAACUAAAUGCACUUGAUUUUUGUGCAUGCUCCUCCAGCCAGUUCAAGGAAGCUUUCACUUCCGUUAUCGAAGCUCAGCCUUGUCCUCUUCCUGAAGCUCUGCCAAUCACGAGACUCAGUCUUCAUGAAUGUGCCGUUCUACCUUCGUCACUCUACUCGAUUCUUCUCCCACGUCUCCCUCAUCUCACUCAUCUUGAUGUUGCUCAUACACGCAUCACAGAUAGUGCACUCGCCUCGAUCCCAUUGACCGCGAGAUUGACUCACUUGAACUUGAGCAAAUGUUCCUUCCUCUCUGGAAACGCAGUUGUUGAUUUUUUGACCAAUCACCCUGCGGCGAAAACUCUUCGAUAUCUCAACUUGGGAAUGGACUCCAAGUCGAAUGAAAUGCUUAGCAGUGAAAACAUUACCGCUCUCCUGCCCGUGCUCCCGAUAACCUUGAGAUCUCUCAGUCUCAAGGGAAGUAAAAUGGAGGCAUCACACCUGCCUCUUAUUCUUCCCUUGACCAAGCAUGUUCAAGAGUUAGGACUCGGAAGAAACUUGGACCUUCAAGAUCUGUGUCGUCUGUUCAUUCCAGACGAUAACUUGAACCUCGAUGAGCAAAUGGCCUGGACCCCCCACACCAUGCGCUACCUCGAUGUUUCUGAUCUGACUAUGGCCCAACUCGAUCUCGGAACAUUGUUAGGAAGUCGAUUUCCCAUCUUGAAGAGCACGGCAUCCCCACUGGAGGUUAUCGAAUUGAGUUCAGACCAUUUCAAGAGAUUGGAGAAGAGCCCGGCUGUCAAACGAGCGGGGUGGACUUUGACGGACGCUGGGAGACGCUAUUGGUUGGUUCGAAUCAAGAGUGUCGAAGAGCAGGCUGAUAGUGGUGCACGCGAGUGGAAGUGGGGAGCUUGUUAUUGGGGUAUGCGGAAGAUACCUGUGGCAAGAGCAGAGGUUGGCGGGAUGUAUGGACAUUAUAUGUUCAAACGAUGAGCACCAUCACUCUCCUUCGACUCUCAGCCAUGGUCGACAAACCUUUUCAGUGGUUGGUUGUCAAGCCGUUUUGCGACUGGCGAAUGACAUUCAAAACGCCCUUUUUCGCUCUCGAUUCCUGGAUCUUCUCAGCAUAGCAAGCACGGCGUUUUUUGGUUUCCUUGGUUCCUUUGGUUUUAUACUUGCGUAGCAUGAGAUGGCGCGUUUUUUCCUCUGGGUUUCCUGUACCAACGUUUACGAGCGAAAGAGAAAAUACCCUGAUACGACCAAUUGGCGGAAAAUUGUAUGCAUCAAGAAGUUUUUAUUCUGGAGGAGGAUAACUUCAAAAAAUGGCGAGUUUUUGGCGGAUCUAAUCAAAGUUUUUCCCUAUGAAGAGGGACGGGAUGGAAGAGGAAACUUGUAAAUAAGAUGAUGCAUGCGGUGGCAUGGGUGAUUGGUGAUGAUAAGUACCUAGGUAGUCAAUUAAAUAAGUUGUAUAUUCUAUCUUGGGAAGUAAGG